AUGCAUUGACGUCACCACGUCCGUACUCGGGAUUGUGGGAGAACAGGAAGAAGAUCCCAGUCGCCCUCCUCUCCAUCUCAGACCAGGCUGUCAACACGCUGUUCAUUCCCCGGGACAUAUUUCACUGACAGGACUUUGGACGAGGCUCAAUUUAUUGUGGACGCGUUUUUGGCAAAGGCUCACUAAAGAUGUGGAAGGCAGCAGCAGGACAGUCAAUAAAAGUGGCUGUAGAUGAAGGUGGUGAUGACUGGGAGACUGACCCUGACUUUGAGAACGAUGUAUCUGAAAAGGAGCAACGCUGGGGUGCCAAGACAGUGGCUGGUUCAGGACAUCAGGAGCACAUAAAUAUCCACCGCCUCCGUGAAACAGUGUCAACAGAGCAUACCAGCAUGAAGCAGAAGGAAUUGGACAACAUGCCUAAGGCCUCACAUGGAUAUGGAGGAAAAUUUGGAGUGCAGCAGGACCGCAUGGACAAGUCUGCUGUUGGCCAUGAUUACCAGAGUUUGUUAUCGAAGCACUGCUCCCAGACUGAUAACUCCAAGGGUUUCGGAGGAAAGUUUGGUGUUCAAGCUGACCGAGUUGACCAGUCUGCUGUCGGCUUUGAGUAUGCUGGGAAAACCGAGAAACACGCUUCACAGAAAGACUACAACACAGGGUUUGGGGGGAAAUAUGGUGUUCAGGCUGAUCGUGUCGACCGGAGUGCAGUGGGCUUCGAUUACCAAGGCAAAACUGAAAAACACGAGUCCCAGAAAGAUUAUACCAAGGGUUUUGGAGGGAAGUUUGGCGUGGAGACUGACAAAGUGGAUAAGAGCGCUGUGGGCUUCGAGUACCAGGGCAAAACUGAGAGGCACGAGUCUCAAAAAGACUACGUCAAAGGUUUUGGUGGCAAAUUCGGCGUGCAGACAGACAGGCAAGAUAAAUCUGCCUUGGGAUGGGACCACCAGGAGAAACUACAGCUCCAUGAAUCCCAGAAAGACUAUAAGCGUGGGUUUGGAGGGCAGUAUGGGGUAGAGAUGGAGAAGCAGGACCAGUGUGCUCUGGGCUAUGAGUACAAGGAGAGCCUGGCCAAGCAUGAGUCCCAAAAAGAUUACUCCAAGGGGUUUGGAGGGAAAUUUGGUGUUCAGAAUGACCGGAUGGAUAAGAGCGCAGGCACGUUUGAGGAUGUUGAGAAGCCCAAACCAUCUUACCAGAAAACUAGGCCCGUGGAGGCUGCUGGCAGCAGCACAGGCAGUAUUAAGGCCCAGUUUGAGAACAUUGCCAGGCAGAAGGAGGAAGAAGACAGAAAGAGAGCUGAGGAGGAGAGAGCACGUCGACAGGCCAAGGAGAAACAGGAGCAAGAGGAGGCACGUCGUAAAAUAGAAGAGAGGGCCAAAACCCCCUCCCCGGUCCCAAUUGCUAGCCCCGUUACGACUCCUAGCCCGACUCCAGCAGUCCAACCUUCUGCUUUUCCAACAUACCAGAACAAAGAUUAUGACGCUGCUGAAGAAAAUGGAGAACCACUCUAUGAUGCCGUACCAAAGGGUAACUUUGAGCAAGAAGUGCUUUACAAUGCCGCAGCUGAAGAGGCGCAGUACGAGUAUGGCGAGGACCCUGGGAUGACAGCGGUUGCCCUGUAUGAUUACCAAGCAGCCGGCGAAGACGAGAUCUCCUUCGACCCGGAUGAGGUCAUCACCAACAUUGAGAUGAUCGAUGAGGGCUGGUGGAGAGGCAUGUGCAGGGGGGUUUAUGGGCUUUUCCCUGCCAAUUACGUGGAAGUCCGCACCCAAUGAUGUCACCCUGCACACAAGGGGAUGCUUUCCAAUACUCUUAGCAUGUCAUGCUUUUCUCUUCAGAUCUCCUUUCCAUAUCAUAGUGCUUCAACACUGUGCAAGACAUCUCAGGUCUUCUCCUAGCUUUCCUUUGCUCCUUUCCACCCCCCUAACUUGAUUAUUCUGCAGGAUGAGAAAAGAUGACUCAACACAUAAAACGUGACUAGGUGUUGAAACUCUGGUAAAUGUUUCUACCUUGAAGCCAUGAGUUGCAUUUUAGGACUUAAUGGGUCAUCUCCCAGAAUUAAGCAUCAAAAACGGCCGAUCAGGUACUACUGCUAAGAUUUAGUCUUUCCAAAGACCAGAUUGGUAACAAGAGUGUCUCCAAACAGGUUUGAGUGAAAGAUAGGAAGUGGUCACUGGAUGCUAAGAAGUCCACCCACAAGAUAACCUUUCUUGCUUCUUCGGCCUUUCAUCAUCGUUGGUAUGAAACCAAAAGACAGAACGUGGAGAAAUUCUUAAAAAACACCUUAUGCUUCGUAUUGAAGUUCAUGCAGUAUGCAAAUCUCCUUUGAAUCUGCAAUGGCAUCAGUUGUAUCUUGACCUUAAUCUGGGCACCUGGGCAUAUCUCAACAUGAACACUAAAGCUCAUGGUUGUGAUGCUAUUGGCUUUGAAUCAUGUACAGAUAGAUCACAUUUGUGAUGUUUUGAGAGUAGAUUUGAAAACAUUUUUAUUCCUUGUCACAAUUUGUUGUUGUGUGUGGCUUUUUCUUUUGCCUUUUGGUAAAGUCCUUCUUUUGAGACUUUUCAUUGACAUGAUAUGCGCUUGUGGCCAAUCCUCUGUAAUGAUGACCAAAUGAGCCUGGGAGCUUUUCAAAAAAGAUUUACCUGCAGUGGAGACAACAGGAAGAAAUAGAACAAACUGUUAAGGGGAUAUUCCACAUUCUGUGAGCAAAUGUUUCUUACAUAUUGCUUGUUUGUGUGUGUGUGUGUGUGUGUGUGUGUGUGUGUGUGUGUGUGUGUGUGUGUGUGUGUGUGUGUGUGUGUGUGUGUGUGUGUGUGUGUGUGUGUGUGUGUGUGUGUGUGUGUGUGUGUGUGUGUGUGUGUGUGUGUGUGUGUGUGUGUGUGUGUGUGUGCGGGCUUUCAUUCUUCACAUCUUUGGGUUUUAUAAUAAAGUGACCUUUUCAAAUGCA